GAGAGACCCAGCAGGCAAGGAUCGGACCAUGCUGGCCCUCCAUCCGCUCCCUCCGGAGGAAGAGCCCUACAGGCAGGUCCAGCCCAAGCACCGGGUCCCUGCAACAGAUGAAGACAAUAUGGAGGAUGGCUGUUCUCAGAAACUGGCAUCUGCCAAAUAUUUUCGACUUCUGAUGCUAAUAUUGAUUCCAUGCAUCUGUGCUCUUAUACUUUUGCUGGUGAUCCUUUUAACAUUUGUUGGUUCCUGCAUAAAUAUCACCUACAGUCAGUGUCAAAUGCUGCCAUAUAACCGUACCACUUUAACACCAGUCCUUUCCAUUGUCAAAAGUAUUGAAAUCGAAAAAUUCCUCAAGUUCUUCGGUUAUCUCAAUCGUCUCAGCUGCUAUCAACACAUCAUGCUGUUUGGAUGCAGCCUUGCUCUUCCUGAGUGCAUCAGCAAUGGUGAUGACAGCCAUGGACUCCUCCCUUGUAGAUCCUUUUGUGAGGCUGCAAAGGAAGGAUGUGAGCCUGUUCUCGCGAUGGUGAAUUCUUCUUGGCCAGAGUUCCUUGCAUGUUCCCAGUUUCAAAACAAAAGUGAAAAUGACAACAUCACCAAGGUCUGCUUCUCCCCACAACAAGAAUCAGGAAAACAAUUGCUUUGUGAAGGGGAUGAGAACUUCUUGUGCAGAAGUGGAAUUUGCAUCCCAGGGAUACUCCAGUGCAAUGGCUACAAUGACUGUGAUGACUGGAGUGAUGAAGCACAUUGCAACUGCAGUGAACAAGUUUUCCACUGUAAUACAGGAAAAUGUCUCAAUUACACAUUUGUUUGUGAUGGAUAUGAUGACUGUGGAGAUCUAAGUGAUGAGCAGAAUUGUGAUUGUAAUCUGUUAACUCACCACCGAUGUGGAGAUGGGAGAUGCAUAAGAAUGGACUGGGUAUGUGAUGGUGACCAUGACUGCACAGACAAAUCAGAUGAAGUCAACUGCUCAUGCCACAGUCAAGGACUGGCAGAAUGCAAAAAUGGUCAGUGUGUUCCCACUUCUUUCAAGUGUGAUGGAGACAAUGACUGUAAGGAUGGAAGCGAUGAAGAAAACUGUAGUGAAAGUAAGACACCAUGUCGGGAAGGAGAUCAGAAAUGUGCUUCUGCUUCCUGCCCUGAUUCCUGUAGCCACUCUCCUCUCUGUGACAUGAAUAAUAGACAAGCAAACUGCAGUCAGUGUGAACCAAUUACACUGGAACUGUGUUUGAACCUGCCUUAUAACUACACAAAUUACCCCAACUACUUGGGACAUCUGACACAAAAGGAAGCCUCAGUCAGCUGGGAGUCCUCUCUCUUCCCAGCUUUGGUUCAGACUAACUGCUACAAAUACCUUAUGUUUUUUGCCUGCACAAUUUUGGUGCCAAAAUGUGAUCUUCAAACAAGUCAGCGUAUCCCACCAUGCAGGACACUUUGUGAACAGUCCAAGGAACGAUGUGAGUCAGUACUUGGAAUUGUAGGUCUGCAAUGGCCAGAAGAUACUGAUUGCUCUCAGUUUCCAGAAGAAAACUCAGACAAUCAAACAUGUCUCACACCUGAUGAUGAUGUAGAAGAGUGCUCACCCAGUCACUUCAAAUGUCAUUCAGGGAGGUGUGUGCUGGCCUCUAGAAGAUGUGAUGGUCAGGCAGACUGUGAAGAUGAUAGUGAUGAAGAGAAUUGUGGAUGCAAGGAAAGAGGUCUUUGGGAAUGUCCGACAAGCAAACUGUGUAUCAGACAUACAAUGAUAUGUGAUGGAUUUUCAGACUGCCCAGACAAUGCAGAUGAAAAAAAUUGCUCAUUUUGCAAAAAAGAUGAGAUUACAUGUGCCAACCAUGACUGUGUGCCUCGUAAAGGAUGGUGUGAUGGACAGAUAGACUGCGCUGAUAAAUCAGAUGAAUGGGACUGUGUAACCCUGUCUCAGAACAGGAGCUCCUUGAUGUACCUAACUGUUCAAAGGUCAGCUACCAAUUACCAUGUAUGCGCUGAUGGAUGGGAAGAAAAUCUAAGCCAUUUGGCAUGCAAACAAAUGGGUUUAGGAGGGCCAGCUGUAACAGAAAUUGUCCAGGAGUAUGAACAGCUACAUCAUGAUAAAUGGCUGAAUUUACACUCUGAGUGGAAAAGCAAAAACAUGUCCACAUUACAUGCACAUUUGGUGACUGGAUUGCCAUGCAGAAGCAAGAGUAUGGUUUCCCUUCUCUGUACCAAAGAAGAUUGUGGCCGUCGGCCUGCAGCUCGUAUGUACAAGAGGAUCCUUGGUGGCAGAACCAGUCGCCCGGGGCGGUGGCCAUGGCAGUGCUCUCUGCAGAGUGAACCAAGUGGACAUAUAUGUGGCUGUGUUCUCAUUGCAAAGAAAUGGGUCUUAACAGUGGCACACUGCUUUGAAGGAAGAGAAAGCCCUACAGUCUGGAAAGUCGUGUUUGGCAUCAACAAUCUGGAUCAUCCUUCAGUCUUCAUGCAGACCCGUAUGGUGAAGAAUGUUAUCUUGCACCCUCGAUAUAAUCGUGCUGUAGUGGACUUUGAUAUAAGCAUUGUGGAACUCAAUGAGGAAAUCAAUGAGACAAGCUACGUAAGGCCAGUUUGCUUACCCAGGAGGGGGCAGCGAGUUCAGCCUGAUACCUAUUGCUACAUCACCGGUUGGGGACACAUGGGCAACAAAAUGCCUUUCAAACUUCAGGAAGGAGAAGUUCGUAUUAUUUCUUUAGAACAGUGUCAGUCAUACUUCGACAUGAAGACCAUCACUGCCAGGAUGUUAUGUGCUGGCUAUGAAUCUGGCACUGUGGAUUCUUGCAUGGGUGAUAGCGGAGGACCUCUUGUGUGUGAACAGUCUGCUGGACGUUGGACAUUGUUUGGCUUAACUUCCUGGGGCUCCGUCUGCUUUUCCAAAGUUUUGGGACCUGGAGUUUAUAGCAAUGUGUCUCACUUUAUUGAAUGGAUUGAAAGACAGAUCUACAUCCACACGUUUCUGCUCCACUGACUCUUCAGAAUACAAAUAUUGUGCUGACUGGAAAAAAAGAGGCAAAGUCCAGGAGCACCUGAACCAUGAAGAUGUUAAACUGAAGAUAUCUGCUGAAUGAGAAAUUCUAUGGGCUGCAGGGCACAAGCAAUGGAACAGCAUAAAGGGAUUUGAACAUCCUCUUGUGCUUCUGCUGCUUCUGGGUAAUGAUAGUCAAUAUUUUUGUAAUAAUUUCUGAUUUUUUUCCCUUUAGAAGUGUUGUGUUAUCUUUCACAUACACUGAGAAAAAAUGUAUACAGGAAGAAUCAACCAAUUUCUCAUGUAAUAGAUUACAUUUCAGACACAUUUAGAACUAGGAGUAGUGCAGAAGUAUUAGCUCAUCAAAAGAAAAAUAUGCUGACAGAUAAAUUUGAUUUCUGUUUCUUGCAGUAAACACUCAGUAUAUUUUCAAGGGCGAUUGGCAUAUCUAUUGAAAAUAGUCCUUUUAAAGGUUCAAAACACUUGCUUCCCCAUAACCACAAAGUCAACCUGAUUAUUGGUACAUGACAAAGGAGAGGUCAACCUAUGGGUUAGUUUCUGGCACUGUCCAAGUUAGGCACAGGCCACAUGACUGAAAACAAGGUUUGUUUAAUAUCUAGACCUUGACUACUCCUCCAUUUCUUUUUCUUGCCAUAGCCUACAUUUCACCUUUUCCCAUCCUCCUACUUCUAUUUAUUUUGCUCUCUUACCUUUUAUAUAAUGCUUCACCUUAACUUUAAUAUCUUUAUUCUUUCUCAUCUGUAUUUAAAAGCUUUUCUGUCUGCUUCUUUCCCCUCUUCACAACCUUUUGCCUUCUCUUGCUUCCUUACCUAUUCCCCCCCCCCCUUGGUGUAGUUUGGGGGGAAAGGCAACCUCCAGGUCCUCCAAGACAUCUUCUGAGAGGCUUCAGCAGUUGCCAAAUUGUCAAAAUGAAAUCAAAGGCAGCUGCAUUAUCCCUAGAGUUGCCAUUUGGAAGUGACAUAAAAUGGCCUCUGCAAUUGCCAUGUCAUCCAUCUGUCCAUUAAAUCAGUUUUUGAGCAGUUGUAGGAAAUUAUUAAUUGUCAUGCCCCAUUGCUCAUCCCAACCAGAAAUUCUGUGAGGCUCAAGACAUUGAUUAUAAUGGACAUAGAAUCAUAGAGUUGGAAGAGACUGCACGGGCCAUCCAGUCCAACCCCCUG